UCCCCGUCCUACUUCUCCGUUGAGAUCGCUCCUCAGCUUAAUUUCUCCUCUCCGUUUCAUCAUCUCCCAAGUGUUUCAGCCUGAUUAGAAGAACAAAGACGACUAUUUGGGUACUGAAUUUGUACAUUCUACCAGACAACAGAGCACAUCAGCUAGGCCAGUUUUGCAGCGUGUUCUAAGCAUUGAUUGUUUCACUUAUGUUGAAGUUGAACUUUUCGGCUGAAAAUUGAACAGGACUGCGUUACAAUUGCGGUGGUAAGUGAAGCUGCAAAAAGUCAAUGUGAUCUUAUAAUUCUUCCAUUUUUUAAACGAUGGGGGGUGAAGUUAUUGGAGAAGCAGACAUGGAAGUCUUGCCUAUGUGGCCUGAUGACCUUGGGGAUGAAACUAGGACACAGUUCAAUAUAGAGAAGCCUGGAAAAGAUCAUGACAUGCUUGAGGAUUUUACAAUUGCAGAAGAACCAACUAUUGUGGAUUUUAAACGUCUACUUGAGUUAACAGAUUAUAGCAAGAAAGGUUCCUCUCAAUUGGCAUAUCUUGUAAAGCACUGGGAAUACAAGCAUGUCAAUGCUGCUCGCCUUCUCAAUGAAGAGCUCAGCAUCCUAAGCAAACAAAGACAGGAAGUUGAACUCAAGAAAUUAGAGAUUAUAGAACAACAUCGUUUUGAGGAAGAGAAGUAUGCUAGCAAUAAACGCUCUAUUUCUAUAUUAGAAGAUAUCUACGAUAUAUGGGGAAAAGUUCCAAAGAGGAAGAGUGAUGUUUGUGCAUACAAAUUUGACACAGAUGCUGAGUAUGAUACUGUCACAUACUGGAAACAACGCGCCAAACAACUAGACAGGAUGCUUGAGGAAAGCAUCCAAAGAGAGCAGACUCUUAUGGAGAAGUUGCAAGAUACUGUUAAGAAUCUUGAGACUCAGUCUUCACCUGUAGAAGAAUUGUCUCAAAUUUUAAAAAGGGCAGAUAACUUCUUGCACUUUGUACUUCAGAAUGCACCUGUUGUUAUUGGCCACCAGGACAAAGAGUUGAGAUAUCGUUUCAUUUACAACCAUUUUCCAAGUUUGGAUGGAGAGGACAUUAUAGGUAAAACUGAUACAGAGAUAUUUUCUGGAGUUGGUGUGGAAGAAAUUCAGGAUUUUAAAAGGGAAGUUUUGGAACGAGGUUUACCUGCCAAGCGGGAGAUCACAUUUGAAACCUCACUUUUUGGUUUAAAGACAUUUUUAAUCUAUGUUGAACCAGUUUUUAGCAAGGCAGGAGAUAAAAUAGGUGUAAAUUACAUGGGGAUGGAUGUAACUGACCAGGUUAAAGAGAGAAAAUAUGGCAAAGCUGAGGAGGAGAUAGCUGUUCAAAAAGCUAAAGAGACAGAACUAAACAAAACAAUUCAUAUAAUAGAGGAAACAAUGCGUAUAAGCAAAUGUUGGCUGACAAUGUCUCGUGAGAUUAGGUCUCCUCUUGGCGUUGUUAGCAUGACUGAGAUCCUUGCAAAUACAAAACUGGAUAAGGAACAGCACCAACUGCUAGAUGUUAUGCUUUCUUCUGGAGAUCUAGUGCUGCAACUUAUUAAUGACAUACUUGAUCUUUCUAAAGUUGAAUCAGGUAAUUUAAUGAAGCUGGAAGCUACAAAGUUUCUCGACCACCGGGAGGUAGUAAGACAUGUUCUUCAGACAGCUGCGUCAUUGCAGAAAGAACUGGCUUUGGAAGGUCAUAUCAUUGCAGACAAUGUACCUUUUGAGGUUAUUGGGGGACGAAUGAGGUUUAGGAAAAUUAUUGUUAAUUUUGAAACUCCUUUGAGCAAUCUCAUCAAGUUUACGUAUGAAGGAAAAGUUGGGAUAAACCUUCAAGUAGUUUCGAAGAAUCUGAAAAAUAUUCUGGCUCUGGAGGAGACACCAUCAAAGAAGGCUUUACCCACAUUAUUUGAUACAUGCAAGCUAGUGCUGAUCAUGCACGAAGAUGGUGGAACCGACUUGGUCUUGCAAUCUGCAAACAACUUGUGCAGUCACCAUCAUUGCGAGUCUGAUUCACUUUCACUGUCAGUAAACUGCAUGAGUGUCAGAAUCCUCUCAGACAUAUUCUUGAACUUGGAGCCCAAUACAGAGCAACCUGGAUCACAAUAUCUUGCACAAUGCACAGAAAGUAUGAAGAGAAAGAUCAGAUAUUUUCAAGAUGAUAGAACUAGUCCUGGCAGUUCUAGUAUGAGUGCAAGUGAAGUCUCAGAAAUAAUGGACGGUUUACAAGCUAAACUCAGGACUGAUCUCAGAUCUUCAAGAACAUGGAUAUUUGGGAUGCUUCAACAUAAACUGAGGCUAGACAUGCUAACCCCUGGGCCUCAAACUUUACCACCAAGUGAUCCAGAUGCCAGAUGGGUGCAGGAAGAGACGAAUCCAUUGCGUAGAAAGUUUCUUCCAUUUAGUUUUCAGCCUAAUUGCUGUGUAAGAAUAACGAAGAAAGUUCUGGAUAAAACCUUUUCUCAUCGUGAAACUCACCAAAAGCAUUUUGCAUGA